AUGUGGUAUCCCCGGGCUGCGUGGGUGAUCUUCGUCGCCGUGGUGGCGAUUCCCACAGCCCUCGGCAAUAUCUCAUCUACCUCGGCAUUAUCAGCACUGCCGGAUUGUGCUAUCAAUUGUCUGACGAUUUCAAUUGACAACUCGAUAUGUUCCGCUACCAAUCAGACCUGCAUCUGCGCCAAUGAAGCACUGCAAGCAAACCUCACUGCUUGCGUUGCAGGGACUUGCACCGUUAAGGAAUCGCUCACUACCAAGAAUGCAACCAUGACCUUUUGUAGUGCAUCCAUCCGACAUCAUUCCGUCAAUUACGCCGUUGUCACCGGUGUGCUUGCAGUGAUCUCUGGUUUAUUUAUCAUCCAGAGAUUCGCGUUGAAGCUCUAUUCACGACUAGAUGUAGGCCCAGAUGAUUGGUUUACUUUAAUCUGCGCCUUUGUUAGCAUCCCGAUCACGGUCCUUGCUAUUCACGGCCUUGUGCCCAAUGGAAUGGGUCGCGACAUCUGGACCUUGGAAUUUGCCAAGAUUUAUAAUUUUGGCAAAUACUUUUUGAUCAUGGAAGUUAUCUAUUUUGCCGAAAUCGCCCUCCUAAAGAUCGCCAUGCUAUUCUUCUAUCUUCGCAUAUUUCCAUCCAAGCUUAUCCGCCGAGCACUUUGGGGUACCAUCAUCCUCAACUCUUUAUUUGGUAUUCUCUUCGCUAUCAUUACGAUUUUUCAAUGCAAACCAAUUAGCUACUCUUGGCAGCUGUGGGAUGGAGAGCAUCAAGGACAGUGUUUAGAUAUCAAUGCAAUUGCAUGGUCUAACGCCGCAAUCAGCAUCACACUCGACAUAUGGAUGAUCGCGAUCCCGAUGGUCCAGAUCCAUUCACUUCACUUGAACUGGAAGAAAAAGGUUGCUGUUGGGGGCAUGUUUUGUGUUGGCACCUUCGUCACUGUUGUGAGUAUACUCCGACUUCACUCUUUGGUCAAAUUCGGCGCACAGUCGACGAAUCCGACUUGGGAAUAUCUGGAUGCGGCCCUUUGGUCAACAAUCGAGAUACACGUUGGCAUUAUUUGCAACUGCUUGCCAUCUUUCCGCCUAUUUAUCCUUCAAUUGUUCCCCGCGUUGCAAAGCAGUAGCGAAAGGUAUCACGCUAGCUACGACAGAGGCCCUCCGAGGACGAAGACUGGAAAUAGGCAAUUCGCAGCAAUCCGAGGGUCAAACGCAGAGACGGCAUUCAGUCGAAACGACUCGCAUGGAGAUGGCUUCAAGGAUUCAGCCCUGGGUCAUGCUGAAACUGAUGAGAUUCAAUUGGUUCGAAUAAGGGAUCAUGAUAACAAAAGUGCGAGGUCGGAUCAUUCUUUUCAGUCUACAUUGUAG